UCUUUUUAAAGCCAGCGUCUUGCACUAUUAUCAACGUCUUAAAAUUCUCUAUUAUUGAUGAUUGGAAAAUUAGUCUUUGUCUUUAAGGUGCCUUCAUUAUUGCCCUGCUGUCGAUUUUUAGGCGUAGCUAAUGCAUAUAAUCUUGCCGCAAAAAAUAAUAGAAGAUUCAUCGAUUAUAAAAGAAUUGUUGUCCGUUCAGGGAAGGGCGGCGAUGGGAGGUGCAGUUUCGCUUCUAUUAAGUACAAAGAAUUUGCCGGCCCUGACGGAGGCGACGGGGGAAAAGGAGGGGAUGUUAUACUCAGGUGUGAAAGUCACCACCACGACUUAAGUCACUUGAAAACUUUGAACUUUGCAGAGGCGGGGGCUCCAGGGGGCUCCAGUUUUCGAAAGGGGGCGGCUGGAAAAAGCGUUGUGAUUCCUCUUCCUAUAGGCACCCUUCUUAUGAACGAAAACUCUGAAAUCCUCUUCGAUUUUACUGAGGCAGGUCAAGAGUACUGCGGAGCCCUCGGAGGACUGGGAGGUUUUGGAAACACUUGUUUUAAAUCAGCAACGAAUCAGGCACCUCGUUCAAUUACCCUGGGGCAGCCGGCCGUAGAACACGUGUAUUUUCUGGAGCUGAAGAGUUUGGCCGAUGUGGGACUGGUUGGUUUUCCUAACGCCGGAAAGUCGUCGUUACUAACAGCUGUUUCCUGCGCGCACCCGAAAAUCGCGCCGUAUCCCUUCACAACGUUGAAUCCGCAUAUCGGCGUAAUCGACUAUUCUGAUCAUUACAGAAUUUUAAUGGCGGAUAUUCCCGGUCUUAUUAGGGGCGCUCACGAGGAUGUCGGCCUCGGACAUAAGUUUUUGAGGCAUAUCGAACGCUGCAAGAUGAUUGUUUAUAUAAUCGAUGCUGCAGGAGUCGACUGCAGGAAUCCUGCUGACGAUCUCAAGGAUCUUCAGACAGAAUUAAGAUUAUUUAAGCCCGAAAUGUUGGAAAAGCCUUCUCUUGUAAUCGCUAACAAAAUGGACUUGGCAUCUACAAAAAACCUAGAAAGCAUAAAGAGCUCUACAUCCCUCGACGUGAUUGGUGCAUCAGCUAAAUGUGCUUGUCAAAUAAAGCGAAGCACCAUGAAUGCUCCCCAAAAAAGUUAUCAGAGCUUUGCUGGAUACGAGAUAAGUCACGUGACAAACGCUAUUAGAAUGACUUUGGAAAAAAAGUGCAACUACACCCUUAACAGGCAGCUUCGGGCCAAUCGAAAUAUGACCUCUUUUGAUAUUGAUUACACCAAAUUCUAG